AUGCUCAAAGCUGGGAAAGCAAGGGUACUGGAUAUAGGUUGUGGACCCGGAACAUGGAUACUCGAGAUGGCAGCAGAUUAUCCGCACUCUAGUUUUAUAGGACUAGACAACUCGCCGAUAUUUCCAUCGGCAAUCAAACCACACAAUGCGCGAUUCUAUCAGGCAGACGUUCACAACGGGCUACCGUUCGAAGAUGAUACGUUCGACUUUGUCCAUCAACGGUUUCUUGCUCUCGCUUUGAAAGAGGAGGAAUGGGUGCCGCUGAUUGAUGAAAUUGUCCGGGUUACAAAGCCUGGCGGAUAUUGUGAGAUAAUGGACUGUGAUUUUGAGAUUGAUAAGCAAGGACCGGUAACCGAGUCUCUUAUUGAAGCAGGUAAAAAAAAUAAAGUCGGGUCGGGGAAGGCGGACGUUGAUUGGGUUGGGGGUUGGUUGGGGUUGGUCGAGGUUGGUCGGGUGAGAACUUGUAUACAAGCCAAUGGAAUUAAUCCGUACAUGCGCGAGAAGAUCGAGGAACUGUUGAGUGAUACGAAGAUGUUUGUCGACAUUACCGUGAACGAGAAAGUUACUCCUUUCGGCAGCUGGGGUGGCAGAUGGGGCGAGUUGGUUAGCGAUGGUCUUCGAAUGUCUGCCAACAGUUUCAAACCCAUCAUACAGCCGACGCUCGGACUCAGCGAUGAAGAGUACGUCAAGUCGGUCAAUCAUUCCGUGAUGCAGGAAAUGAACGAAUAUCGGUCUGAAACAAGCAUGUACAGAAUAUAUGGAAAAAAGAAGACUACAGCAGUACCGACAGAAUGA